AUGAAGAAUUUCCAUGUCUGGAAUGAAAGCUGGUUCAUUAGAAGAGAUCUUGGCUCUUUUUAUGAUGGAUGGCAGGUUCUGGAUGCAACACCCCAGGAAAGAAGCAAAGGCAUAUAUCAGUGUGGUCCUGCCUCCACUAGAGCCAUUAAGGAAGGGGACGUGAAUCUGGAUUAUGACAGUUCAUUUGUGUUUGCAGCAGUGAAUGCUGACUAUGUUACUUGGAUUCACUAUAGCAACAAAAGAAAAGAAAGAAUUUAUUCCGAUACUAGGAAGAUUGGAAAAUUUAUCAGCACCAAAGCAGUGGGCACCAACUCCCGUGUGGAUGUCACUGCUAAUUACAAAUAUCGAGAAGGAUCCCGGAAAGAAAGGCAGGUGUAUAAAAAGGCACUGAAGCUGCUUGGUGUGAGAAGCACCAGGAAAAGAACCAAAAUUAAAAGACGCAGAAGACAAUCUUCAGUAGCAUGGAGACAAAAUACGACACAGCCUGCACAAACCCCCAGUAUCUCAGGGAAGCUGAUCCUUGAUGCAUCUCCUGUAAUUGGCCAGGAUAUCCUCCUAACCUUGGCACUCAGGAACUUAAUCUCAGAUUUCAAGACCGUAAAGGUUAAACUGAGGGCUUCAGCCAUUCUCUACACAAGAAAACCAAAGGCAGAGAUUUUGCAGUUGUCUAGGUCUAUUAAACUUGGAUCUGAAGAAGUGAAAAAGAUUUCAAUCAAGAUCUCCUAUUCCCAGUACAAAAAUGCUCUGAUGGAUGACAGGAAGAUCCUAGUGACUGCUGUGUGCGAAACCAAACAGGGAGCCUCGCUUCUAGUGGAGAAGGAUAUUGUACUUCAGCAUCCUUUUCUCACCAUCAAGGUCCUCGGUCCAACAGUGGUACAUAAGGCUGUUAAUGUGCAGGUCACAUUUACCAACCCACUGCCUGAAGUGGUGACAGACUGUGUCCUGAGAGCAGAAGGUAGCGGCCUGCUCAAAGAGCAACUCAGAAUCAAUGUGGCAAGAAUGGACCCCAUGGAGAGCUCAACAGUCCAAUUUGAAAUCAUUCCCUACAGCAGUGGCACCAGGCAGCUUCAGGUGGACUUGGUUUGCAUCCAUUUUUCAGACAUUAAGGGGUUUGUGAUGCUUGAUGUGGCUCCUGCUCAGUGA